GUGCCCGGGCCGAGACGGACGUGCGCGGGGGACUGUAUCGAUUUUUCCCGAGCCACAACGAAAUCGCACCAAAAAAACCGUACGAACACCUGACGGUGCCUCGUUUUUUAACGCCAUGAAUAAAAAAUACAAAAUCCGAUGUAAAUAACAUUAUAAAUGAUACGUAGAGUUGUAAAUUCGCCUCCUAAAUCCCGGACUAUCGUGUACAAGGAUCAGAGGGAGAGGUUCGCUCGGAAAAAGGAUAGGCAGAUACAUAAAACGUUUUCGUGUCAUAAUUAAAAUUGUAAUUGAAAAUCUGUGUUUUUUUUUUUAAAUAACGUUCGAUUUUCGAAAUCGUUAACAGAUUAUAACGUGGUCAGUGUGUGAGGAGGUUUAAAUGUAUUGUGCAUUUAAUAAAAUAGAUGCUAUAUCCUGUCCGGUACCAUCCAUUAAUAAAUUAUAAGUGAACUCGACGUUAUAAAGAACCCAGUGCAGAUUAAAAAUAUAAGUGUCAAUUCGAGUGUCAAGGUAGAAUGUGCUAGCCACAGAUAAAAGAAAACAAGACAGAUGUGCAAGUGAGUUUAAUAAUUAAUAAUGGCUACGCCGCCGGAGUCUCCUGUUGAGGAGCAUGCUUAUGAAUUGGAACCGAAUCGGACGCCGAAACCGAUUCCAGUUGCUUUGGAAGAGUUAUGCAGACAGACCAAGUUUACAAAACAGGAGAUAAGGGUCAUGUAUCGAGGUUUUAAAACGGAAUGUCCCGAAGGCGUGGUCCACGAAGACUCCUUCAAAGAUAUAUACGCGAAGUUCUUCCCACAUGGUAACUCGGCGUUAUACGCGCACUAUGUGUUCAAAGCCUUUGACGUCAAUUGCAGUGGCGCUAUCAGCUUCAGGGAAUUACUCGUAACCCUGUCAACACUUCUCCGUGGUUCCGUGUACGAGCGUCUUCGUUGGGCAUUCCGGCUGUACGAUGUUGAUGGUGAUGGUGCUAUUACCAGGCAGGAGCUUGGCGAAGUAGUGGUGGCUGUUCACGAACUGUUAGGGAGACGAGCACCACCAGGAUCACCGGCUGCAAGAAUAGAUGAUGCGAAAGCUAAUGAACAGGUGGAUCGAGUGUUCAGGAAGUUGGAUCUGAACCAGGACGGUGUGAUAACGAUCGAGGAGUUUCUGGAGUCGUGUUUAAAGGACGAAGUGAUCACACGGUCUCUUCAGAUGUUCGACACGGUGCUAUGACGGCAGACUGACGCGGCGCAAGUGCGCGAUACCAGGGUCGUAAUAAAACGAACGGCAUACCACAACUGUCAGUGUCACGGGCUCUACAACAUGGCGGCGGCGUGGGUUUACCGCGCAAACUACGCGCGUUACGUCGCCGCCCUCGAGAACUUCUACCGCCGCGUCCUGAAGCCGAGGAUCAGGAGCGUUCUGUUUUUCCAUUUUUAGAUUAUUAGUGUUAUGCCUCAU